CGCGCUGCUUCCAGCCCCGGCCGCCGCCGUCGCCGCUUCCGAUCGCAGCGCGGGCGGGGCCGCUCCCGCCGGUCCCCCCACCCCCCCCCAUUCCCCCCCCCCCCCCCCCGGCCCCGCCAUGGCCGCCCGCGGCGCCUUCCCGCUCAGCCCCCUGCCGCCCGCCAGCCCCGCCGCCCCGCCGCCCCCCCGGGCCCGGGCCCGGGCCCGGCAUCAUGAGAGGCCCCAGCCCGGCUCCGGCAACCGCUGCGGCUCCGGGCUACCGGCCCAUGGGGCCCGCGGCCGCGCAGUACCAGCGCCCUGGGAUGCCACCAGGCAGCCGGAUGCCCAUGGCGGGGCUGCAGGUGGGCCCGCCGGGAGCACCCCCAUACGGAGCAGCCUCCCCGCUGAGACCUGGCCUGCCGCAGUCGAUGAUGGACCCGUUCAGGAAGCGUCUGCUGGCCCCUCAGUCGCAACCGCCGAUGGCCAGCCAGCGGAGAGGGGUGAAAAGGAGGAAGAUGGCUGACAAGGUCCUGCCACAGAGGAUCCGGGAACUGGUCCCAGAAUCCCAGGCCUACAUGGACCUCCUUGCCUUUGAGCGCAAGCUGGACCAAACCAUCGCUCGGAAGAGGAUGGAGAUUCAGGAGGCCAUUAAGAAACCACUGACGCAAAAGCGGAAGCUGAGGAUUUACAUCUCCAACACUUUCACCCCAGCCAAAGAAGAAGGGGAGGGUGGUGAGCGUGUGGCCUCCUGGGAGCUACGUGUGGAAGGCAAACUGCUGGAGGACCCAAGCAAGCAGAAGAGGAAGUUCUCCUCCUUUUUCAAGAGCCUCGUCAUCGAGCUGGACAAAGAGCUGUAUGGGCCAGACAACCAUCUGGUGGAGUGGCACCGACUGCCCACGACCCAGGAGACUGAUGGCUUCCAAGUGAAGCGUCCUGGCGAUGUCAAUGUGAAGUGCACCCUGCUGCUCAUGCUGGAUCACCAGCCACCGCAGUACAAACUGGACCCUCGCCUGGCUCGCCUGCUUGGGGUGCACACCCAGACCCGUGCCAGCAUCAUGCAGGCACUCUGGCUCUACAUCAAGCACAACAAGCUGCAGGACAGUCACGAGAAGGAGUACAUCAACUGCAACCGCUACUUCCGUCAGAUCUUUAACUGUGUCCGCAUGCGCUUCUCUGAGAUCCCCAUGAAGCUGGCAGGGCUCCUGCAGCACCCAGAUCCCAUCAUCAUCAACCACACCAUCAGCGUGGACCCCAAUGACCAGAAGAAGACGGCCUGCUAUGACAUCGACGUGGAGGUAGAUGACCCCCUGAAAGCUCAGAUGAGCAACUUCCUGGCUUCCACCACCAACCAGCAGGAGAUCGCCUCCCUGGAUGCCAAGAUCCACGAGACCAUUGAAUCCAUCAACCAGCUGAAGACACAGCGUGAUUUCAUGCUGAGCUUCAGCAACAACCCGCAGGACUUCAUCCAGGAAUGGAUCAAAUCCCAGAGGAGGGAUCUCAAAAUCAUAACAGAUGUGAUUGGGAACCCCGAGGAGGAGCGGCGAGCUGAGUUUUACCAGCAGCCCUGGGCUCAGGAGGCUGUGGGCAGACACAUCUUCGCCAAGGUCCAGCAGCGGCGGCAGGAACUGGAACAAGUGCUUGGGAUCCGCCUCACUUAAGGGGCCAGCGGGGGCUCGGGAGCUCUUUCUCCUCUCCCUGCUGCCUGAGCCUGACGGUACUUCUUACUGGAAUCAAAUACAGCACUUGCACAAACCCUACGUGCCUGGCGGGGGACUCAGAGCCCCUCGUACCCCGGGGCCUCCCCUCGGCCAGGAAGCUCUAGCUGCAGGCAGAGCAGCGGAGGGGCCCCUGGUUCCCCUGAGUCCUGCUGCAGCCUCUGGUGCAUUAACGCGUCCUUGCUUUUGCAUCGUGCUGUUUGCCUCUCCCUGUAGCAUUGAAUGCAGCCCUCUGCGAGAGCCUUGUGCAGCUCGCUCCCCUCCUCGCCCUGCCUCUGGCCAAAGCCCUCCUGGAGUUUGCUGCCUGCCCCGCCAGCCCUCCCCAGCACCAUGAGGGAAGGCCUGGCCCUGCCCCUCUUCAACCAAAGUUUGUCAUUCCAAAUGCCAGCCCUGCUGGUGCCCGAUGUUUUGCACUAUUUUUGUGAACAGGUUUUAUAAAAAAAAAAAGCGUUUUGUACAGUGGGUUUGUAUUUGAUUAAUAUAUUGAGUUCCUCUUACUGCA